AUGUAUUCAGUGUUAAAAUUAUAUAUAAUGAAUAAUUUAACUUCAAAUACUACAAUUGGGGUUAAACCAGAUCUUAAGAAAUUAUCAUUAGAAGAGCUUCGUAAAUUAAAAGAACAAGUUGGAAAUGAAAUAUUCAUAAAUAAUGUUACCAAUAAAAAAACUAACUUUAAAAAUAUUAAAAGAGAAAACAAAAAUCGACCAUCAGAAAUAUCCUCCAAAAUAGAUCCUCUAUUAAAUCCUAUUAAAAAAAUAAAGCCUCAAGUUAAAAUUGCAUCUGAAGAACCUAAAAAAAUUGAUCCAAGAUUUGACUCUUUAUAUGGUGAAUUUGAUAAACGUAUUUUUGAAAGAAAUUAUAAGUUUCUAGAUGAAAUAAAAGAAAAAGAGAAAAAGAAGUUACAAAAAAAAUUAAAGCAGAAAACGCCUAAUGAGAAGAAAAAGCAAGUUAAAUUGUUAUUACAAAGAAUGGAAAAUCAAGAGCGAGAGAAAAAGAAAUUGGAAACUCAGGAAAAAAUUAAAUUUGAAUUGAAACAAAAGAGAUUGAAUGCUUUAAACAAAGGUCAAAAACCACAAUUUUUGAAGAAACGAGAAUCAAAAAUUAUGCAAUUAGUAGGACAAUAUGAAGAUUUAAAAUCCAGUGGAAAACUUAACAAACACAUUAAGCAGAAAAGGAUUCGAAUUAUUGGUAGUGAAAAAAAAUCAUUAUUUCAUAAUUCUAUGUAA